AUGGUUGUCAAGUGGAGCAGUGAGAAGGACCAGUUCAUCCUGUGCCACAUUCUCGAGGACAAGAACAUCAAGAUUAGCACCGAAGUCCUUGACUCCAUGAUUGCUGCCUGGCGUAACACCCCCCUCGCCGCCGCAAAGCCCAAGAAGACCCCCGCCGGCAAGGCCAAAGGAUCCGCAAAGCGCAAGAAGGCACACAUUGAAUCUGACUCCGAGGACUACGACGAAGCCCCACCCACAAAGACACCCGCUAAACGCCGCAAGAAUGUCUCUGCAGCUGAAGAUUCUGAGGAUGACAUGGAGAAGGAAGUUGCAGAACUGGGAGGUGUGAAGGUCAAGAACGAACCUAUGGAUGAAGACGAAGACAGCCCUAGCAACAAGAAGUCUGCUCGUCGCGCCAAGGAGCAGGUUCAGUAUGCCGAGAGCGAUGAUGGAGAUGUCAGCCACCCUGAAGACGCGGAUGAGUAUGUUGACAAGGAGGUUGUUGCUCACAUGACUGCUUACCUUGAGUCUCCUGACUCUGGCGAUGAGGGCGCUGAGGUUUGA